UUAAAAUGGUUAAUCAUAUGUGUUUCUUGGGAAUAGUUAUGGGCGAGAUACCGGUAAAUACGAUCCUUCGAGUACGAUAAUCUGGCAACGGUGCCCAGGGAUGCCACGAUAUCGUACUCACCAAACUAGAUUUUCCCAUAUAUAACGCAUAAUGACUGCGCUAAACCCCCUAUAACUAACACUUCUAGCAAUAAAUAUAAAUAGUUGUCGUUAGUUUUGUGGGUGGGACAUUUUUUAGCCUGAAAUCGGGAAAAAUGAGAAGCUGAGAACGACAAUCUGGCACCGUCGAGCCUGCCUGCCUGCCUCAGCCACCACCACCACCACUCCCGUCCCACACGAUCUCUGCGUGUAACGAAACACACGAGAAAUCAAUCCAAACAAGGAAAGGUUUUGCCGGCGCCGGGGAUCGAACCAGCGACCAGCGAGACGGGAGAGCCACUCCUUUACCAGUCGGCCAAAGAGUCCGUCAAUACCUUGUGAGACACGCUGCCUGGCUGAGGGAGGGAAUGAUCGGCCGAGGAGUUUAGCAGUCAGUGAUGCAAGGAAUAAGGGACUUCGAAGCUAUGACUGCGGCUGCGUCCCCUCAACUUCACCAUGGGGAAGAUGAGUCUCUGCUGGAAUCGUCCAAAGUGAACUAUGGCACCGAGAGGACGGAGCAACACGACGGAGGCCCCACGCCAGAUUUCAGGACCUACAGGGCAAGAUUUUGGUUACUCGCGGUCUUCUCUUUGUUAUGUUGGGUUCACAACAUGCAAUGGAUUAUUUGGGGUCCCAUCAGUGAGAGUAUGGAAGCCGCCUUCCCUGGCUGGGGCCCGUCUACCGUGGCUAUGAUGGUCAACUGGGGCACCAUUAUGUUCGUGCUGUUCUUCCUCCCGCUGUGCUGGUUCACUCAGCGGUACGGGCUGCGGGCAGGCGUGGUGACCAGCGCGGCCAUCCUUGCCGCAGGCACUGUUCUGCGCUGCAUCACAAGCACCACGCCAGCCUUCACCAUCCUGUGCCACCUGAGCGGCAUUGCAGUGGGCAUCGCCAGUCCCGUGGUGCUGGCCGCCCCCACACUAAUAGCCAGCGAUUGGUUUCCCGUGAAUGAGCGAACCACAGCAAUGGCCAUCAUGAUCGGGGCUCACCAGAUGGGGGGCGUCGCCAGCUACUUGGAACCCCUCCUGGUGCGGCAGCCUGGCCCCGACGUGACUCAAGCAGAUAUCAAGCAAGACGUGAUGCGCCUCAUUUAUAUUGGAGCGGGCAUCGCGGCAGCCCUACUGGUAGCGGUGGUAAUAUAUUUCCCAUCCAAGCCUCCCAGCCCCCCAUCGAUCAGCUCCUCGGAAGGGAGGGUCAAGUUUCUACGGGGUCUGAAGGCUCUCGGCAGGAACAAAAAGUUCAUGGUGCUGCUGGUGAUUUACGGCGUGUUCGUGGGACCCAGCGUCAUGUGGCUCACAGUCAUCAACUACUCCCUGCUGCCCCUGGGCUUCCACCAAAGCAAGGCCAUGUGGGUCGGGGCGGCUGGUGUGGUGGUCUCCAGUGUGUUGCCGGUCAUCUCUGGUCGCCUAAAUGACCUUUGGCAAGAGCACACCAAGACCUUUCUCAUUGCACUAAUGACUGCCACAGCGGCCUUCUUUUACUGGUUCCUUCUUCUGUCCUACGGCGUUCUGCCCGUUGAUGACUGGCAAGUGUAUGUAUCAGCUGUGGGAGGCGUAUCCUGUAGCUACGCCACGGUGCCGCUCUUCAUCGAGGUGAGCAUCGACCUGGCGUACCCCGUGCCCGAGAUCCUCGUGACGGGCACUCUGAUCGCCGCCGACAGCCUAGCAGGAGCGUUCUUUCUGCUGCUCUUCAAUAUCCCUGAUGCUGAACACCUGUGGGUGACGUACACCCUCACGCUGGUCAGCGCCGUCACAGUCUUGCCGCUGGUCACCCUCAAGCUCCCUAAAACCAGGACGGACAUCGACAGGAAGUAACGCAGCCCCGCCUUGAUAAACCAGAUGAAAUUGCCUCCAAAAUAUGAUCAAGAAAGACUCUACUCCAGGGCUUGAUGGAAGCUGCAUAAAAGUUCAUUCAGUAUCUUUCUGUUGUGGAAUAGCGAUUUCAAAAUUAGCCUCUUUCAAGAGGAGGGUAUCAGGACACCUCUCCUCCCGAAAUUGACCUCUCUUUCGGCCACCUCUUUUGAUUUUUUGUUGUUGUUGGAGCAGCGAGUAGCGGGCUUUUUUUAUUAUUGUUUCCUUUUGUUGUGCCCUUGAGCUGUCUCCUUUGUUGUAAAAAAAGAAAGAAAAAACCCGGGUGAGAGCUCACGCCCACCACCUUAGUUAUACUGCCUUCAGGCCACGUCUUAUUCAUUAUGACGGUAUUGUUUUUGACUACCGCACAUUUAUUGGUGCUGUAAAACUAUUUCGUUAAUGCUAAUAUAUUUUUGUGCAUACUAAAUGACAACAAAAACCAAUUUUGAUCGAGAUUCCGCAUUCUUAUCACACCACUAAUUCACUGAUGUUUCUUUGCUUAAUGUUUAUCUGCCAUUAUCCAACACUAACAUUCGUAGUAUUCCUAAUUUUAAUACCCCAUCACCAUACACACCUCCACACCCUACACUCCUCACACCACCAACUCUCCCGUGACCCCAGACACGUCCUCACCUGCUGGCGUCGUCUCUGGAAGUGCCCUCUCUCCCGUCAUCUCGACACACCUCUCUUUCCCCACGCCUCCAAUUUCCGUGACGUAACACAUAUUUCCGCCUGCCCCCCUGGCUCCAGCGGAUUAACAUGAAUCACUUCCUACUCCUCCUUUGUGACCUGAUAUUCAUCUUUUCCUCCUUACUCCCCAACCUUAAACUUCUUACUCUGCCUACGCGUGACUUGGCAUUAACCUUAAAAACAACUUAUAUUAACAUAGAAGAUACAAAGAUACAGCAAUGUAUAACAAUAUAUAUAUAUAUAUAUAUAUAUAUAUAUAUAUAUAUAUAUAUAUAUAUAUAUAUAUAUAUAUAUAUAUAUAUUCAACAUCAUUAUUUCCUGAAAAUGUGAUCAACUCCCAACAGUCCUGCCUAAAUUCAUGUCUGCAUCAAAGCUCAAAAGGUCCUCAUACAGUCCAACAGGUAUAAUGUAUUAUAGUUGUGGCUCUGCUCGGUCCGGCCCCGAUUUUGUUCGGUGUGGCGCAACCAUGGGAGCUUGAUACUCAUUUCCCUGCUGUGGUAAUAAUAAUGUAUGUAUCGCCCUCAAUUUUUCACAAUAAAUGAUAAGAUAAAAGGGGAUAAUUUUGGUGUAUGAAAAGCAUUUCUAUGUUUUGUAUGAAAGGAAUAAAGAAUUCUCGUAAAAGCCUGUUGACAGGAAGAAAAACAUUUUUUUGCCACUCUUCUGGAAUCUGAUGUACCGUCCUUGUCACGGGUGAGAUAAAAGACAAAACACAUAUAUUUAUGGAAUGAUAGACAACUUCAUUGUGAACAUUUUGACAUACAAAUAACACUUAUAUAUUGUUGGCCAAAAUAAGUCGUGUACUUGUAAAUAAUGUGAAGUGACUUUGACAGUUAUUUUUUUUCUCAUUUUUAUUAAAAAAAUGGUCUAUAGAAUUUAAGUGAUACCAUAAUUUGGAUCCACGAACUUCCUGGCGGUGUUCCAGAAGGUCUGUCUUACAACUCGGUCAAAUCAAACCUUUUCUAUAGGGUAUGUUGAACCAACUCCUUUAUUUGGCCUCGUAUGGGAAAUAGCUCCUGGUAUAUUAUUAUAUUUUAAAUAAAGCAAUGCGAAAAGAUAAUA